AUGGGGGAAAAGAUAAAUGCGGGGUGUGUGGAAGAUGUGGCAAUAAUUGGAGGAUUGAUUGGAGUCCAAUUUGUCUAUGCAGGGAAUGCUACUAGCCUUCCAGUAUUUAUUCCUCAAAGGAAUCAAUCUCACUUCGCCAGCAAUGGGAACUGCCAUGCCAAACAUUGCCCCAGGACUUAUCUUCAUCAUCGCAUGGAUUUCUGGGCUUUUGCUCUUGGAGAUUUUCCUGCACCGAUGUCCUUGGGUGCAAUGACGUCCUUGUGUGGGGCGUUCAUGACUGCAACUGUUCAGUUACUUGAACACCACAAGCUGAAAACUGGGUGGCUACUUGCAGGUGCUGUGGGUGGAAUAUGCCUGAGCUUCAAUGGGUGGGCACUGAAGAAGAAAGGGCCUGUGUUUGUCUCCAUGUUUAGCCCCAUUGGAACAGUGCUCUCUGUAAUUUUCUCAGUAGUUACACUAGGAGAAAGUAUUAGUAUUGGAAGUGCUGCAGGCAUGAUUCUCAUGUUCACUGGGCUCUACUUUGUUCUUUGGGCCAAAGGAAAAGAAGGACUACAAGGUGGAGAUUGCUUAGAGAGUGAGUUUGACGUAGAGAGGCCUCUUUUAUCUUAA